AGGGCUGAAUUCCGAAUGAAAAGAGAAAAGAUGCAAGUGCUGGUGUCUAAUUUCACAGAAGAUCAGCUGGACAGAUACGAAAUGUACAGGCGGUCAGCGUUCCCGAAAGCGGCCAUCAAACGUUUGAUGCAAACCAUUACCGGCUGUUCAAUAUCUCAAAACGUGGUCAUCGCUAUGGCUGGCAUCGCCAAAGUUUUCGUCGGCGAAGUAGUUGAAGAAGCUCUUGACGUCAUGGAGCAAUGGGGCGAUAGCGGUCCACUUCAGCCCAAGCACUUGAGAGAGGCCGUCAGAAGAGUGAGGAAUCGAGGAGGCAUCCCGGGAUCGAAACCGUUCGCCAAAGCCUUUUGAAACCUUAACUUUGCGUCGAACUCAACUGUCCUGUCAGUCUCAUUUAUCUUGUGUAAACUUUCGAAAAAUAAAAAAAUAAAAUAAAGAUUC